GCUCGCUCCUGUCCUUGCGGAAGGCGGGCCUGGGUUAAGAGCGGAACCGGAUAUGAGGUGGAAAAUUCACUAUUACGCCGCCUUUUGAUGUCAGCCGGACAUCGAGAUGAGUGACAACGUCAAGUUGUUUGUGGGGAACCUACCAUUAGACGCAACCCAUGACGAGCUGAACAAGUUAUUCUCUCCUCAUGGGGAGGUCAACACCUGCUCUCUCCUGAGGCAGUAUGCGUUCAUCACGUUGAAGGGCGAAGGCGCAGCGGACAGGGCCAUCCGGCACCUUGAUGGGAAAGAGUACAGAGGCAGGCCCCUGGUGGUGGAGGAGUCACGGGCACGCCCACCAAAUUCCACCAAGGUGUUUGUGGGGAACCUGAGCUCAACAUGCACCGCCGAUGACUUGCAUGGGCUGUUCCAGUCGUUUGGGAGGGUCCUGGACUGUGACAAAGUGAAAGCAAGGCUGUGUUCCAAUGCGGGCUAUGCGUUCGUUCACAUGGAGCGAAAGGAGGAGGCCUUGCUGGCCAUCGACGGGCUCAACGGGACCAUGUACAAGGGGCGGCAGCUCUCCGUGGAGCUCUCCAAGGCCCAGCCCCUGAUCAACCAGCUGGCCAAUCUGGAUGCAGCCAACUUGGCAGCGAGUAUGGCAGGAGGUGGUCCCAGAGAAGGCCUUCUCCCCAGACCGGCCUCUUCACUAGAGCAUCACCAGAGCCAGGCGGCUAUCUUGGCCGCUGCUGCAGCUGCCGCCGCUGGACUGCCUAUUCAGGUUCAGCAGAGUGUCCACAACUCGUUCUACAACACCACGUCGUUCGAUCCCACCUACACCGCCCUCAAGGGCCUCACCAGCGCCCGAUCGGCGGACGGGGUAAACCCUGCCAUAUACGGGGCCCUGGCCAGCCAGGUGUACGGCUCAGUGGCCGACCAGGUGUAUGAUGAUGUGGCCAAUCAUGACACCUCGGCGCUGGAGGCGGACAACCAGUCCAGCACCGAUCCUUCAGCGCUGUUUGAGGCGGCGAGAGCCAAGUUCUUCCAGCAGGGCCAGAAGGUCCUGGCGGAACAACAGGCCGGAAGGAAGUCUGGCACCAUGACGGCAAGCGACCGGGACCGUAGCCCGAUCCGAGGAAACCGAGCCCCGCUGCUGCCCGACCCGGUGCCGGGUUCCCUGGGGCAGGGCCGCUCCAAACGGCGCGCCCUCCUGCCCACGCCUCCCGGUGGGCCCGAGCUCCCCACCGACACCACCACGCCCGCGGCCGCAGAGGGGGCUGCGGACCCCAUCGCCAGGUGUUACGCAGAGUACUACCAGCAGAUGCAGCAGUACCAGCAGUAUCAGCAGUACCAACAGCAGUACCAGUACCUCCAGUACGCCUACACCAACCCUCCGCCGCCGCCCCCACCCCCGCCCCCGGCCCCUCCGGCUAGCGGCCAGGCCGCGGCGGGCUACCCCCAGGGCUCGGCCCCGGCCGGCGCUCCACCCGGCGCCGCCUACGGCGCGGCCACCACCUACGGCGCCCCGGUGAGCUACGACGCCGGCUCGGCGGGAUACGGGCCGCCCGGGACCUACGACGCGGCCGCGGUGGCUAGCGGCGGCUACGAGGCCUCGGCGGCCAGCUACGCGGCCACGGGGGCGUACGACGGUUACGGCGCGGGGGGAGCCUAUCCGGCGGCCGGGAACUACUCGGCAUCCAGACCGUAUGAGCAGACACCCGCACACGGGCAAACCCAGCGCCACGAUUACCCUUACCAUCACACGCCAGAGCCCCCUUACCGAUAACCUCCCGCCCCUACCCCCCCCCCCCCCCAUCCCCCUUUCUCUAAAACAUGGCAGGUGUGUGUGUGUGUGCGCGUGUGUGCUUGAGAAUCUGAAUGUGAAGAAGGGACAUUGGCAAGCAGAGGGUGAAGGAGAUGGACGUCUUUCUAGGCAGGAGGUGGUUUGAUGGCCCGGCCCUCACCCAUCCUUCAUGUCGUUAUCUCGUACUGGUGGAUGGUGUUGGAUGGUCUUGGCCAGCGUUGUGGGGAUGUGGUGUGUAAGGGUUGUAGUUGUCGUGCUGAUUUAAAUGGUUUCAGGAACCUACGACAUUUACAAGUCACUGUUGGCGGCAACGACACUAUUUGUAGAUGUUGGGAGUCCAACCUUAAUCUGCAUGUGGCAUCUCUUAAGUGCGAGCUCACACGGACAACCAGACAUUUGGGCCAGUUUUGUUUUGGGAUAGAGGUAAAACCAAUUGCUUACAAAUAUGAUUUUCCAGAUGUUAAGGCUGAUGACGACAUUGGCGGCAGGGAUAAGACCGCAUUAGCUAGGGAAAAACCGCAUGGAGGAAUGGUUUGGAGCGAGGUCCGCCUGCUUCAUUUUCCCCACCACAGGAGUGCCUUUCUACUGAUCUUAAUAUCAAGAGGAAAUAGGGAGUCUCAACCAAGUUGAGUUCUCUGUUGACUUACUAGCUAGGCUAGCAAGUUUUUUUUUAUUUUGUCAAGCUCGCAGAAUCAGACAAAGAGGAGGAGUUAUCUUUUGAAGCUUUCAGGUCACUAUUUCAUCCCACAUUUGUACUGCUCUGGGUAUCACAACGUUGUGUGAAAUACCCUGUUGGACCAAGCUUUCUAGAAGGUGAUCCUGAGUGGAGAGGCAUGUGUUGACACCUCGUUGUGAUCGCGGCCAUCCGAAUGCUUCUAAUGGUUCAUGUGGCCCACUAGCCUUCGUAUGGAGAUAAAACCUCUUGGAUGAGGAUUCCUUCAUUUAUAUUUUGUAUCCCCAUACUCUAUUCCAUUUUUAAAAUAGUUGUUGAACCUCAGAGGCUCUGCCUAGGAGUGUAGGUUUAACAAGCCAAUCGGAACACUCUGUGUUAACGUACACAGCUGUGUCCAUAUGGAGUUGUGUCCCAAAUUUCCUAUCAAGGCGAUAACUGAACAGAUGUUCAAGCCAUGGUUAAAUUGUAUGGUAAUUUUGGAAACUUUGAAACCAUUUAUUUAAAUUGAUUGAGAGGUAAUUUGUAGCAAUAUCAUCCCAAUAGUCGAGAAAGGAGUAUCUGCUUGAAUGCAACAACUUUGAAUUCAAUUGUUAAAAUCACAUCCAGGCCACAUCCAGAGGAUUGUUUCAUGAUAGAAAGAGAUGGUGAUCGUCAUUUUAUUGAUUGUAUUUUGGAAAGUAAAUGCUUUAAUUGGCUUUUGUGACUAAAAUUUUGAAUAUAACAUUUGUUACAACAUAGUACAAUUCUACUGUAAAUUAUUAUUAUCGGCAUAAUGGUGGAGAGCCAAGGUUGGCUUAGUAAUUAUUGUACUGGUCUGGUUUGCAGGUGUGAAGAUCUGUGUGAAUGUGUGAUUCAACGUGUUUUUUUUAAUGUACAUUUUCCAUAGAAAGCAACUUUGAGGGACCAGUAAGGACGGGUGGAUGUCUGCCUUGGGGUGGGUUGACUUGUGGCUAGGGGAGCGUAGCGCGGUGAGCUGGAGGCAUCAGGCACUAGUCGGGUCCAGGAGACGGUAAAUGGCCGUAUUGAAAGAUUGCCCACUUGUGGUCUAGAAGCAGCCGUUUGUAUGACUCCUCCUCCCACCGCCCCAUGUGUGAAAUGAGGAGAUGGCCACUAAAACCCAUACUGACAUUAUGUCUGCUCAUCCCUGACCAAGCGCCCCCCCCACCCCAACAGCUUGACUAUCUUAGUAUUCCAAUAUAUACCCAGAGAAACACAGACCUCCCUUAACACACACACACAAACACACACACAAACACACGCACGCACACACGGCCCACAUGGCUGUUUGAGUGAGUAGUGCUCUGCUAGGUUGUAUCACCUGUUGUUCCACGUGCUCCAUGUGAACAUUCACGUUGCAUGCCUUGUUGUUGCUGCUGCUGCUCCAGCCACCUUGUUCCUCUCGCUGAUUAUUGCAGCUAGAGUGGGGAGGCGGCCUAACUGAGCCCUAGCCAUGGACGCACGCCACACGCACCCUGUAGCGUGGGACGGGGGGAAACAGCAGCGUUGUAGGAACUGAAACUGCUUCUCUUAAGGUAAACACUCAGCCAACACACAGCCCCGCACACUCCCGCCGCCAGCUCCUGACGACGACCUCCUCCUCCGAAGACAAGGCAAGACAGCAAACACACACUCGCACAGUACACAGCCCAGAGCCACCGCGGUCCCAGAGCAGCCACGCUGUGUUCCAGGAACACAGCCCGCCCACCCACUCAUACUUACCUUUUAGGGAAGGUCAGCGUUUCCAGGGGUUUUUCAUUUAAAGCCUGAUUCUUCUCUCAUUAAUAUGGAUGUGAUCAUACAUUUUGGCACAAGAGACACGGGAAUAAAUACACACAUUACGAACACACGCACGGAUUGCCGAAUUAAGUUCUUUGGCCUAAAUUGGCGCCAAAGCACGGAAGUUGUUGCCAGCACAUCCUGAAUCUGAUUGGCUGUCACGGGAGCGCCAGCCAUUCACAGCCAGAGCAGCUGACAUGGUACAUGCAGCUGGGACGGAGUUGUUUUUAUAGCUUUUGUAUUUGUCUACCAUCUGGGUCAUUUUUUGGGGUUAAGUGCCUUGCACACUGGUUAACCCAACUCCCCAAUCUUCUAUUUUGAACUGGGUCAGGAUCGGUUGCUGGUUCAACACUCAAACGCCCUCCGUUCGGUUUUUUCGAUGCCACAUUAACCUUGUAUGAAUGACGAUGAAAACAGUUAUUAGUUUGGUUUGAAAUUUGGUUUUGUUCAAUGUUCUUUAAAAUGUUUAUGGUCAAUAAAUUACUUCAAUUGAA